AUGAGUAUGGCCUUUGCGGCGGAUUUGAGUACGCUGACCGAUGCCUUAAUCGCUUCCGUCGCUAAGAUUUCGCAGGAUUCCAAGGGGCCCGCGCAUGCUCAAGUUCUGAAGCGUCGUGUACAAGGAGGUCUUCGAACUGGUUCUCAUUCGCGCACCGACCAGUUCGCAGUCGCCAAGCAACUCGAGGGACUACAAGAGAAGUUCCAGAUCCUGAAUAGAGAUGACCUUGCCGAAGCCCUUGCCAGCCGCUUGAAGGAGCUAGAAGGCAAUCGGAAUCCCUGGCUCCCAGAGAUCUUGAGUCUGUUACUGCAGCUUUCAAAUCGCCCCGCCCUUCUGUCCACGGUUAAAAGCUUCACGGAGAGAACCAGGGCGCCAGAGGCAGCAGCAGAAGUAAAAGAGACUCUCUCUUGGUCGGAUCUGAAUGCAGAUGGGACAGCAUUCAGCGACGAAGAUAUCUGGGAACAGGUAGACUUCGCUGGGGACUCAUCAGAUGAUGACUUUUCAUCCAUUGCGAGUGAUGUGUCUGUCCCACGGCACAGACCUCCAACCGCCACAACGGUGGAGGAAGAUUAUAUAGUCCCAGAUGAUAUUUUUGUCCCGGAAGACGAUGAAGACCUUGUUGCCUCGCUAGAAAAGGAGCAAUUUUGGAGAUCAGAGAACCAUACUCUGUUGCCCCAAGGAGAGGGAGCCACGCGAGUUGUCACAGAAUACCAGGUCGCUAGAGAGACCAUGUUCAUGCUCCAGGGCCUUCCUACGUCUAUCUUCUUACGUCUGGACGAUGAUGUCAAAGUGGAUCGGCGAGUUUCGAAAAAAUUUGGCUCGAAAAUCGACGCUGUACGUCGUUUCACUAAGCUAUCACAGGAAAUUCCUUACAUGCAGACAUUCUGUCGUGGAGUUGAAGAGCGUCUGCUUGAAUUUGACAGCUUUCUGUCCCAUGUUCAGUGCAAAUAUCUUUCAGCCGGCUCAACCGUCAGCCUCAUUCAGCUUCUCGUCGAUGUUCGCCAGCACUCCCACGAGCUAGCAUUACUUGGAGAAGUGGUGGCCAAACUAGACAAAGACUCGCAUGAUCAACCAAUGCGCUGUCUUGAUCUGUUAUACGACUCAAUAUGCAUGCUAGAAGCCAUUGGUGACGAUAAUUCCGCUCGACACCUCGCAGAAUUAUUCUUCAUAUGCUUCAAGACGUAUUCAAGCUCAAUUCGGUUUUGGAUGGAAACCGGGCAGGUCGAUGCUUCGGACAGCGCUUUCUUCGUACGGACAACUAGCCGAGAGGCUGGUGAUCUACGAACUCUGUGGCAUGACUGGUUUGUGCUUGACACGGGCCACAAGAAGGAGAAGAUCCCACAGUUUCUUGAGACCAGUGUCCAGAAAGUGUUCACAGCGGGGAAAAGCGUGGCGUUUUUGCGGUAUCUCAAUGCGUCACCAGACAUUUCAGAAUCCCCUGAACCUUUGAGGUUCGAGGACGUCCAUUCCCAAGAUUCGGGACUAUCACUUCCUUUUCCCGCACUAGUAGAGUCCGCCUUUGAAAGGCUCGUGGAUGUGGACCAUUCGCUCAGUGCCUGCCUCUUACGAACAGAGCUCGAGCAGCAAUGCGGACUAUGGUCCUCCCUUGAUGCUCUUCAACAUGUCUAUCUUGGCAAAGACAUGAGCGCCGUCAGCGUAAUUGACGCCAAACUCUUUGAGCUGAUCGACCGGGGCCGUUCCUGGGAUGACAGAUACUUGCUCACCGAAAUCUCAAGAACGGCGUUCAAUUCAGUGCCUGCCAUUGAUACAUCAAGGAUCCUCGUGCGACCAAUUAGCACUCCAUCGCGGGGCCGGAGUCACCACCGAACCGUGCGGAUUCUCGAAGCAAUCUCAACUGACUACGGUCUCCCAUGGCCAAUCGCAAACAUAAUAACCGAGGAAGCAAUCCACUCUUACCAACGGAUCUCAACCUUCCUGAUGCAAAUCAGACGCGCCAAACACGCAAUUGUGAAACAGCGCAUCACAACGCCCGACAACAACGACACAUUGGUGCACGCCCUCCACCACAAUAUGCUCUGGGUCCUCGAUUUCAUCUACGGCCACCUAACCUACCUUGUCAUCUCCACCGCAACUCAAUCCCUACACAAAGCUAUCGCCGAAGCACAAGACGUCGAUGCCAUGAUCUCCGCACACCAAUCCUACAUGGCGUCUCUAGAAGCCCAGUGCUUGCUCUCCAAAGACCUCUCACACAUCCACGACGCAAUCAUCAAUCUGCUAGACCUCUGUAUCCACUUUGCAGAUCUACAAGUCGCGCAUUCGCUCGACGGAGAACAGCAGGAGAAUGUGCAGGCGCGCAAAAAGAAAGACGAAUACGACUCGGACGUUGAUGAAGAUGACGAUAUGAACCAUGAACACACAUUCACAGUCUCGUUCCGUGAGUCGACAUACAGCCAGCAGAUGCGAACGGCCAAAAAGGACUUCGAUCAUCUGACGAAUUCUGUCACGGAAGGCCUGAAGAGCUUGGCUCGUGCAGAUGGGAUCCCGAGUUGGGAGAUCCUUGCUGACAGGCUCGAGUGGAGGCAGAAUUGGCGCAGACUCUGA